CCCUAACGAAGAAGAUAUAAAUAAUACCACUAUGAAAGUCCGAACCAUUUGUUAGUAUUUUACUUUUUUCGACAAUCGACGUGUCAGCUUAGUAAGCUAUAGCAUGAAAGUUUUCAUAAUAGUCCAUUUUGGACUAUUCAUACAUCUAACCACCGCCAGAUUUAUGUCGGAUAACAUAUGUUUAGCAAUGCCAAAUGGGCAGAAGUUACCUGUGACGGGUGAUUGCGGCUCUUACAUAGUUUGCGAAUAUAACACCCAAAGCAUAAGACAUUGUGCCAGCGGAACUUUAUUCGACCCAGUGACCCAUGUAUGCAACUGGGCUAGUAUGGUGCGCUGCGGAGAAACGCCUACCCUUCCACCGACGUGGAUAUCAUCUUCACAGGCACCUAUCGUAACACCGAGACCAAUAACGACUAUUCCACCAGCAACUAAUCCUCCCCCGACUAAUCCUCCACCAACUAACCCUACAACUAAGGCCCCUGUUACAACCAUUCGAACUACUACUACAACACUUGCACCGGUAACCAGCAGCCCACCGAAUAACAACCCAUACCCUCAGUGUGCUAGUGAUGGUUUCUACUUCAUUCCGCAUCCUUCGGCAUGUGAAAGCUACUACAUCUGUGCCUAUGGAAUGCUCAUUCUGCACAGCUGUGGACAGGGUGUCUACUGGAACACGGACACCAAUCAAUGUGAUUUCCCGUAUAACACGAACUGUUCGAAUCUACCCAAUCCUGCCAAACCCGAAACAUCGACUCCCUCGAUAGGAACCACUACAGCAUCCACACUUCCGAAUUGCAGAGGUACCGAAAUUUUCCACCCAAGCAUUGAGCAUUGUGCCAAAUAUUACAUUUGCAUAGGAUCGUCGCCAAUACUGAUGAGCUGCCCAUCAGACUAUCUCUGGAAUCCGGCAAUUUCCCAGUGUGACAGACCGGAAAAUACGCGUUGUGCUACUUCUUUUCACUAAUACUUACUUCCACUUACAACUGUAGGUGAUAGAAUAUAUAUUUAUAUUUAUGUGUAGUAUGCAU